CAAGAUCACACGGCUGGGGCUCGCUGGCUGGGCUGGCUACUCGAUCGAUCGCGGAACCAUCCACCCGGCACGCUCUGCCAUUCUUAUCUCUCCCAAACCCCCUAUAAAACCCCUCACGCCCCCCGCAUUCUCCACUCACAAAACACCAGCUCGAUCUCUCCUUUUCCUUUCCUUCGAGCUCCACACAUCUUCUUCCUCUGGUAUCUUCUCCUUACAACCAUGGCUGCUCGGGUCUCUUUGGUGCUGAGCGUGCUGCUCGCCUGCUCGGCCGCGCUUGCGGCCGCCAACUUCAACCAGGAGUUCGACAUCACCUGGGGCGACGGCCGCGGCAAGAUCCGGGACAAUGGCCAGCUCCUGACGCUCACGCUCGACCGCACCUCCGGCUCGGGGUUCCAGUCCAAGCACGAGUACCUCUUCGGCAAGAUCGACAUGCAGCUCAAGCUCGUCCCCGGCAACUCCGCCGGCACCGUCACCGCCUACUACCUGUCGUCGCAGGGGAACACCCACGACGAGAUCGACUUCGAGUUCCUGGGGAACGUCACGGGCGAGCCCUACACGCUGCACACCAACGUGUUCACGCAGGGGCAGGGGCAGCGCGAGCAGCAGUUCCGCCUCUGGUUCGACCCCACCAAGGACUUCCACACCUACUCCAUCCUCUGGAACCCCAAGCACGUCAUCUUCAUGGUGGACGACCUGCCGAUCAGGGACUUCCGGAACCUGGAGAGCAAGGGGAUCGCGUUCCCCAAGAACCAGCCGAUGCGGCUCUACUCCAGCCUCUGGAACGCCGACGACUGGGCCACGCAGGGCGGCCGCGUGAAGACGGACUGGUCCCACGCCCCCUUCUCCGCCUCCUACCGGAACUUCAGGGCCGACGCCUGCGUCGCCGUCGCCGGCGGCAAGACCCGCUGCGGCGCCACCGUCGGCACCGAGGGCUCCGCCGGCGCCGCCGCCGGCGACUGGUACAACCAGGAGCUCGACCUCACCCUGCAGCAGCGCAUGCGCUGGGUGCAGCGCAAGUACAUGAUCUACAACUACUGCACCGACCCCAAGCGCUACGCGCAGGGCCUCCCCGCCGAGUGCUCCAUGCAGCAGUAGCCCUCUGCAUCAAGCUCCGCUGCAAUGGCGGCGGCUGCAUCGAUCACCGCCCGGAUCAGGACGAAAGGGCAUGGAAUUUCUUUCCAUGGUGGCGUCGUCAGUGUGGUAAAUAAAUAAGGAUUUGGCAAUUCGUGGGACUUGUAACGCGGUAGCUGGUGGUAAAUUCUUCCGUCUUGUCUGUAGCCUCUCUCUGCUUCCGCCACCCCCUGUUCGUGUCAUGUAAUCAUCAAACACUUGGUGUUCAUGUCCGUCUGUAAUAUAUCAAAACCCAUACGUGUUCUUCACUUGCU